AUGCUGCUCGUGCCACCUUGCCGCCUGCCGUGGCAGUUGGCGUGUGUCUUGUUCGCAACCGUCUCCGCUGCUACCAUCUCCUCCACCAACACUUCUACCGCGCGUCCAAAUCUCUACGAUGGCACAUUACCGCUUGCUGAUGCGCAAGGCGACGGAAACACGAUUGCCGAGUUGAUCCCAUUGACCCAGGAAGCCGCUAAAUCCGUGAAGGGCAACCUAUACAAUACAAAUUACUCCAGCGCUGCUCGAAUCUCCAAUGACGAAAUCGCGUACAUCAGCUGUAACACCAACGACUACAACGGCUUCGACACUCCGCAGAGUGUCUUCGAACGGGCUUAUACCCAAGCCAACAUAUCGGCCGUCAUACUGUACAGCACGGCGUCCAACUACUGCAACUAUACGCAGGACAGCGCGCAAAACAUGAUCGAGGAGUUUGCUGUAUACUCAAUGACGAACAAGGAAGAUUCAGCCAAGAUACUCGGCGCCAUCAUCGACCUGCCUGCCCACAUGAAGUACUUUGUGCAAGUUGAAGGCCGGGAUGAGGCAAGCAAUAGCGCCGGUGGUAGCAACCAAUACCAGCAAAACCCACUCGGUCCUUCGCCGUCCACUGCUGUUGCCAUGAUCAUCCUAUACAGUAUCACAGGAAUCAUCACAGCUUUAUUCCUCGUCAUCAUCAUUACUGGCGCUGUGCGCGCGCACCGGCAUCCGGAGCGAUAUGGUCCUCGAAACGUCCUUGGCCGACCAAGGCAAAGCAGAGCGAGGGGGUUAGGGCGAGCCAUACUGGACACAAUACCAAUUGUCAAAUUUGGGGAGAAGGAGCCUGCGAAACCUGCCGACGUUGAGUUGGGAUCAACACCAGAGACGCCAGAUGUAAAUCGUGCAAACGUAGAUACUGAAGGACCUAACAGCCUAACCACAACUACGAACCACGAAGACAACACCCCGGAUACGUUGCCCGACUCAAUUAGGACGACAGAAGCUGCGACACCAAGACUAUCGGAGGAGCAUCAGUCGGGCAUCGCACCUGCACAGCCCGUUGCCACAGGCGUGGGGGCGGCCACAGACAAUGCAUCGUCAGAUGAAGCUCUAGGAUGCUCGAUCUGUACUGAGGAUUUUGAAAAGGGCCAAGAUCUCCGUGUGCUUCCUUGCAAUCACAAAUUCCACCCAGAAUGCGUAGACCCUUGGUUGUUGAACGUGUCUGGCACAUGCCCAUUAUGCCGCGUCGACCUUCGUCCUGUGACCUCUCAUGAUUCCUCCACCUCACAAGAUCAGAAUGAGCUUGCCCCUCCUCUCAAUCCUGAAGCCGAUUCAUCACAUCGCCGCCGUACAGCGCUUUUCGACAUCCUCUCUCUUCGUCAUCGACCCAACGCAUCACCUGAAGAACGGAUUGGCGCUCUUCGGCGUCUGAGAGAGCAAGGCAGGAAUCAAAGCGGUGAUAUUGCAGCAGGCAGUGUCAAUGCCAGCGCUGAGGACGUUGCCAGUUCGCGAGAUAGGAGAAAUAGACGCAUCAGUGUCAGGCUAAGCGAUGUCUUUACCGGUCGGACGAGAAGAGAGAGGCGGGAUGAAAGCCCGGCACAUCAGGCAGGACCAGACGGGAGUGAGGCGAACACCACGUCUAACCAUGCUGAACCAAGACUCUAA